AUGUAAGAAUUUGAUGACUCUGAAAUCUCACAUCGCACUUUAACCGCGGAUCAUUAUGAAGUAUCAUAGGAUGAGUAUAAUGCCAUCUGUGAUUUGAAGAUUAAGAAAGCCUGUGUAUGGAUAUUUUACCUAGCCCCUAAAAUUCUCAGACCUUUGAAUCACUUUGGAGUAAUGGUUGAACUUGAGAAUGGUGCUAGAUAUGUCAUUCAUAAUAGCCCCAAUAAUGUUAGCAAGAGAGGCUCUCAUGAGAUAGUAGUUAAAGAUGACACUUUAUGUCACAAAUGGGAAAAAAUGUUAGAUUGGCAUGAUGUUUAGUAACAUGUAUCAAUCAAAGAUUUAAUAUUACCAUUGGAGUAUAAAAUCCUAACUACUAAUUGUAUUCAUACAGUCAGAAGAAUUUGGAAGCAGCUUAUUCCUACAAAUUUGAGCCUAAACUUGAGAAAAGUUUGGAUGCUUUCACCUAUGAGAAUGAAAACCUUGUAAAUAGAGAAAUGUCAUGAAACUUCUCAAGGAACUAUCUAAUACUCUUAGAAUAUUAGGUUCUUCAACAGAACUCGUAUCUUCUAUUCAUUAGGAAUAGCAGGAUUUGGCUUAGCUGUUGGAAUACUAGCUAAACCAGAAGCAUUUCACAUCAGAAAAAAAUAAUAGCCUAAGUAUUAAUGA